GGCCGGGACCGGAUCGGGGAGUGGGAGUCGUUGGUGUGAGGAAAACUUCAGAGCAAACGCGGAGCUCGAGCCAGGGGGACAAUGUCGGUCACUAGCCAUGAAACCAGGAAGUCUCGAUCCAGCUCUGGCUCCAUGAACAUCCAGAUCUUCCACAAGCCAGGCCAUGCAGACAGCCUUCUGACUCAUCUGAACUUGCUGCGCCAAAAGUGCCUCUUCACCGAUGUGGUGCUCAAGGCCGGGAAUGGGGUUUUCCAUUGCCAUCGGGCUGUGCUAGCUUCUUGUAGCUACUACUUCGAGGCCAUGUUUGGAGGGGGCCUGAAGGAGAGCAGAGAGGGCCACGUGGACUUCGGGGACAGGCUGCAUCCUGAGGUGUUGGAGUUGUUGCUGGACUACACCUACUCAGCCAGGGUGCUCAUCAACGAAGAGAAUGCCGAGUCUCUCCUGGAGGCUGGUGACAUGCUGCAGUUUCACGACAUCCGGGACGCAGCUGCAGCCUUCUUGGAGAAAAAUCUGCACCCCACCAACUGCCUCAAUAUGCUGGCCCUGUCUGAUACCUUUAACUGCGACAGGUUGUUUGAGUUGUCCUGGAGGAUGGCUUUAGCCAACUUUGCCUCUUUGUACAAGUCUGAAGAUUUCCUGAAACUCCCCAAAGGGAGACUGCUGGAGCUUGUGCAGAGUGAAGACUUGGAAGUGGAGGAGGAAAGCCUGGUGUAUGAAGCAGUCAUCGAAUGGAUCAAGUAUGACCUGUCCGCCCGGCACGCAGACUUGCCUGAGCUUUUGCGUUCUGUCCGCCUGGCACUCUUGCCUGAGGCUUAUCUCAAAAACCAGGUGGCUCUAGAAGAAGUAGUGCUGAACCACAAGCUGGGAGGGGAGAUUGUGGCGGAUGCCGUGCGCUGUAAAAUGCGCCUACUGCAGAACGACGGGCCGGUGACGGGCUUCUGCGCCCGGCCCAGGAAGGUCAGCCAGGCCCUCCUGCUGCUCGGGGGGCAGACAUUCAUGUGUGACAAGAUCUAUACAAUCGACCAGAGAACCAGUGACAUCAUCCCCAGGACAGAUAUUCCUAGUCCCCGGAAAGAGUGCAGCGCUUGUGCCAUUGGCUGUAAAGUCUAUGUCACUGGCGGCCGGGGUUCUGAAAACAGUGCUUCCAAGGAUGUGUGGGUCUACGACACCCUUCACGACGAAUGGGCCAAAGCUGCCCCGAUGCUAGUGGCCAGGUUUGGCCACGGCUCAGCCGAGCUGGCUCAUUCUCUUUAUGUAGUUGGGGGCCACACAGCGGUGAGUGGCUCCUUUCCAGCCUCCCCUUCUGUCUCACUUAAACAGGUUGAACAUUAUGACCCACAGACUAACAAAUGGACUUUGGUGGCUCCGCUCCGGGAAGGGGUAAGCAAUGCUGCCGUGGUUGGGGCAAAGAAGAAGCUUUUUGUUUUUGGUGGCACCAGCGUUAACCAGAUUCAUCUGCCCAAAGUGCAGUGCUUUGAUCCCUGUCAGAACCGCUGGACGGCGCCCACCACCUGCCCCCAAGCCUGGAGAUAUACUGCAGCUGCUGUGCUGGGCAGCCAGGUGAUUGUGAUUGGAGGUGACACGGAGUUCUCGGCCAGUUCUGCCUAUCGCUUCCACAGUGACACCUUCCAGUGGUCCAAGUUUGGUGAUGUGACGGCCAGGAGGAUUAGCUGCCGAGCAGUCACCUGUGGAAAUAAACUCUUUGUGGUGGGGGGCUACUGUGGGACCCAGCGCUGCAAAACCCUCGAUUGCUAUGACCCUUCCUCAGAUACCUGGAGCAGCAUCACAACCGUACCCUAUUCCCUCAUCCCUACGGCAUUUGUCAGCACUUGGAAGUACCUGUCCGUUUGAAGAUCUCCCUGGCAGGAGAGGGAAACGAGGAAGGAGGCCUGGUGUCUAAUCUCAUUUUCCGGCUACAGAGGAUCCUCUUCAGCCAAGUGUUGUCUGCCCUUGGAGUGGUCUGUUGGCACCAGAGUCCUGCCUAGCAUUUGGGAGGGUGGCAUCUAUUAUGGAAGUGGCUCUGGGAUCACAGGAGGAAGGUGGGCCUGCCACCUGACGAGUGAAACUAUUGACUUUUGUUGGUUAUGUAGAGUUGGGUCAGAUGCCGUGAGCCCAAUUGGCUGGUGAAUAAAGAGUUGUCUACGGCAAGGAGGGGCUGGAGACCACGGUGUCAGACCCCUGUUGCAGGAGACAUAGGACCUGGGAGAUGGUCAUCGGCAUUGAUUGCUCGCUCCUACGCAGGAGGAGGUGUGACAACAGGCGAAGCAGGGAGCCGACAUGCCAGCGACUCCCUACUCAGUUGGCCCUAGUGGUCCCAGUGCUGUCGCUGGUUAUAGCCUUUCAGUGCCCUGGGGCCACUCUCAUCCUCUUCUCAGUCUGCUUCGUCAUUUGUCGCACAUCCUUGUCCGUGUUGGUGGAUUUGGGCCUCCUGGUGAAUGGUGAUCGAGCAGGCCGAAGAAUCUUGUUUGAGGGCCAUUUGAGGGACUGAAAUGACAGCUGACUUCAAGUGACUUGAAGCUUAGCCAGAGGCAGAUCCCCGAGAGACCUGUAGUGGAAGCAUCUUUAAAAUCCGUGUAGCUUUCUAGGGUCAGGCAUUUGAAGGUAGUGAUGAGGCCUGAUAACUCGUUAUCGUUUACUUAAAAAACUCCCGAAAUGUCUUCCCUGACAUUUUUCUGUCUUGUUCCUUUGGCUUUAAUAUUGUCCUGACUUUAUGGAGUUUUUAUUCUGGUCUGUAUUAACUUUUAAUUAUUAGUUAAUUGCACCAUUUAUUUAAAAACUGUUAAUGGCAUCGUUUAUUUAAAAUUUUUAAACUUGUCUGAUUUUAGUCUGUGGAUAAGCUUUUGUUGUUUUCAUCCAGUCCAAAGUUGCCUUAAUAAAACAGUCCUGAGAGAAGAGAGGGCAGUUGCUCGAACUGAUUAAAAACAGCUCAGACCUAAUGAAGCCGGUUCGA